CCCGGUCGGUUGAAUUAGAGCUUACCAGUUCUUCACUGUGAUCGCCUGAUUCUUCUCCAGAGAAUCCAAACCCGAAAACUCUAGAAUCCAUGCAUAUAAAAUUUGAUUGGUUCCCUGCUGGUGAUUUGGAUGAAAAACUUCUCUUGUUUCUAGGCUGUGAAAUGGAUGGGAAUGGGGUACUCUUCAGGAUCAAAAGAUUCACCCAACUGAAGAAGGCGCCUGCGAGGGAAGCAGACUCCAGACGAGGUCUCCCUCCCUUCCUCUCCCUCCUCAUUCGCACACAUAGAUUGGAAAUGAAGGAUGGGGAUGAGAUCGAUGCAAUGCUUCAUCAAACAGGUGGUGCUAUGGCCUAAGUAGUGGUUUUAGUACGUUGUUUAUCUGAGAGCAUGGUAGUAUUGUUAGUAUGUGAUAAUUAAAUUAGGAUUUCUGAAACAUGAGUUUAUGACCUGUGGAACUGUAUUGCUACUGGUGGUGCUACGGUCUAAGUAGUGCAUUUCUGAAAUAGAGCUAGCCUCUUCAU